AUGCCCCGCGGCGACUGGCUGUGGCCGGCCAUCUGGCUGCUCCCGAGCGACGACGCGUACGGCGGCUGGCCGACGAGCGGGGAGAUCGACAUUGUGGAGAGCAGAGGGAAUGGCCGCGACGCCUGCGGGCCGGGCCAGGACAACUGGCAUUUCGGCUCCACCCUGCAUUUCGCGCCCCAGGGGGGGAAAUCGGCGUUCCUGCACACGCACUCGGAGGCGGCGGCGCCCUCGGGCGGGCCUCUCUCCGACGCGUUCCACGUGUACGGCCUGGAGUGGGGCCCCGAAGGUUUGUACACUUACAUCGACGACCGGAGCAACAUCGUGCUGGCGGUGAAUUUCACGAAAGAGUCGUUCUUUGACCGCGGGAGCAAGUGGGAAAUGACUUGCUUCAAGCGGGGCGAGGGCGGCCGCUGCGACAGCUGGCUCCCGUCGCUGCCCGAGUGGGACGGCGGCGGCGCCACGAAAGACCCCUGGAACGGCAGCGCGUUGCCCAAGGCCGCGCCGUUCGACCGCGCCUUUUACCUCCAGCUGAACGUGGCGGUGGGGUGCACCGGAUACAAUGACUGGCUGUUUUUCCCCGACCACCUGUGCAAGGACAAACCGUGGCGCAACGGCGACAAACACACUGCCGAGUCGGACUUUCUGGGCUCGUUUGAGUCCUGGUGGCCGAGCUGGGGCGGGAACGUGACAGAUCCGGCGCGGGGCGCCUCGAGGAAUGCCAGCAUGCAAAUUGAGUCGGUUAGGUACUGGGCGCCGUGA